AUGGUUUGCAGUCAGCACUUUGUGCCAUCCGACUAUGUUGAGGGCAAACGCCGAAAGCUGAAGAAAGGCGCUAUCCCAAGCAUCUUUUCGAGCAUGCCGCCUUCAAAUAUCACUAAGAUGAAGGACGCUAUCAGAAGGAAGUGCAGCACUCCAUAUUCAUCAGAAGUUCCCAAGAAGAGGCAAUGCCUGGACACAGGCAGUUCGCAAGUGACUGAUGCGACAUCAAGCUCUACACUGGACACUCCACCGACCUCCUUUCUGUGCAAUGAAGGUGCUGAACGAAUCCAAAUCAUCUGGACAUCUCCAGCGAGCACCUUGGAGCCUCAAAACAGGCAGGCAUCAGAAGUGCCAGACAGCAGGCCAUGCCAACAGCCAGUGCUGUUCACCCAUCAAGGAACACAGGCAAACGUUCGAAAAAUGUCAGCACAACUAACCGUAGAGAAACGUAGAUGGACCCGACGAGUCACCACCCUGCGAAACCAAGUGGAGAGACUCAAGAACACGGUUGACAGAUACAAAAAAGACUUGGAAAAGUUGCGAAACCUGAGGGAAGAAGAUGAUGUCACAAAUUUUCUUAACAUCCGUGAACAAGCAAAGGAAAAGAACAUAUUGGCUAUGUUUCUAGUCAACCAAGUAAAGAACUACCACAAGAAAAGCCCAAGGUGGACAGAACAUACCAUCCGUCACUGCAUUUUGCUGAGACACAUUUCUACGAAGGCCUAUGAACACAUAAGGUCUGAAGAGCUUUUUAAACUUCCCAGCAGGAACACUCUGCAAAGCUACAUUGGAGCUGCCUCAGGUCAAACUGGCUUCAGCGACUUGGCGAAGGCUCGGCUUCAAACAGAACUACACAACCUGGCAAACACACAAUCAAGGACAUGCUCUCUCAUUAUUGAUGAAAUGCAGAUCAAACAGAGCUUGCAGUACAACAAGCAGCAGGAUGUCUUUGUGGGCCAAGUGGACCUGGGACCAUUGACUGAAAAGACCAAGCAGCCCAUCCUGGCAAAUUCGCUGCUGUGCUUUCUCAUGAAUGGGCUCAGCAUUCCAUACCGGAUCCCUGUUGCCUACUUUUUUACCAAAGGGUUAACAGGGACCGAACUGGCCAAGCUUCUGCUUCAUGUCUUGGGCAAGGUGGAAGACGUUGGCUUCAAAGUACUCCGGAUUGUAACUGACAAUCACCGAGUGAAUGUCAAUGCAAUGAAGCAGCUUUGUGGGGGACUCCUUACACAUCAUAUCCUGCACCCAAAUGACCCGGAGAGGAUUCUGUUCCUUAGCUUUGACUAUGUUCACAUCUUGAAGAAUAUACGGUCCCAAUUCCUGGAACGCAACUUUGGAAAGGACAAUGAGAUCAAGUCCUUCUACCUCAAGAAGUUGUACGAGCUCCAGAGAGAGGCGGCUGUCAAGCCAGUCAGGUUCCUGAGUCGCAAACAUCUUUUCCCUAGCAACAUAGAGAAAAUGAAUGCCAAGAGAGCAGUCCAGCUCUUCUCCCCUGAAGUGACAGCUGUGCUCAAGCACCUCCAGGAACAAGCUGGCCAUACGAGUGACCUACUGUAUGCGGACGCAGGACCAACCAUCUUCUUCAUGGACUCUGUGUACCGCUGGUUCAUUUUGCAUGAUACCAGUAACUGCACACAACACAUACACCAACGCUACCCAGAUGUGCGCCAGUAUGAUCACCCAGACGACCCUCGUCUGGAAUGGCUCGAGUUUUCAUUCCCAGCCUAUCUCGAGCAGAUCAAGAGCACGGCAAGCCCAUCACAGUUCCUGACGACAGAAACCUACGAAGCCCUUCUCUUGACAACAUACUCGACAGUUGCAUGUGUACAACACCUUCUCACCAAGGAAGAGUUUGGAUUUGUACUGACCAGGAAGUUCAGCAGCGACGCCAUUGAGUCCCUGUUUGGCUCAUUGAGACGAUCUCAAGGGUGCAAUGACCAGCUUAGCGUUCGGGCUGGAAUCUCAGGAAUUGAAAAGAUCCUGAAGACUGGUCUCAUCACAGCUUCCCAGCAGAGCAAUGUGUCACAUGCUGCCUCGACCUCAUCGGGUAUGACUUCAGCAAUUCGGUGCAUACCACCAGCAGUGUCAGCUGCCACGCCAUUCCAACUUCCACAGAGUGCAGCGGAAAUCUUAGAAAAGCUGUCAGAUCCCAAUGUACAAUACCUGCCAAGCCUCGAGCUGUCGGCGACAGCGCACGUUGGGGGCUACAUUGCCCGUGUUGUACAAGAACACUUUUCAUGCUUCUUCUGCAUACCUCUUCUUACAAAGCCGAAGACAAACAGUGCCUUGCAAGGGAUCACAAACCACCUGGACCGGGGAGGCCUUUUGUAUCCCUCAGAUGAACUUGCCCACCUUCUCAAUGUCCUCAGGAUGUUUGCAGCGGAUGUGUUGUCGUACAACCUCAGGAAUUGGCAGCCCCUCGAAACUCUUGUGAAGUUUGCACUGCCAGCAGUGUAUGACUCUCCUUUGCUGCUCUGCCCAACGAACAACAAGGCUCAUCGCCGUGAACUGAUCCAUCUUGUCUGCACAAAGUUCUUCAGACCGCUCCUUGUUAACUAUGCCUUCUGUCACACAGACAGGAACGAUAGAUUUAAGAUGUUUGCACGAAAGCCUCUAUCUCGGAAGUUUCAGAAGGUGAGGUAGAGUGCACGCAAAGGUAGAUUAGAGCAGUGUUUUUUUUUCUUUUUUCUUUUUCUACCUUUAGUCAAGCGGAACUCUGUUCAUAUGUAUUUUAUUUGGCCUUGGCAUUUAGUGAUUUUGUGUCCGAGUUGGUCUUUCUGCGCAAAUUAUAUGAUAUAUGUAUAAAGAUUAUAUUUGUUUCCAAUGAGUUUACUGGGUGCCUUUACUCCCGCUAAUAAAUCCAGCACCUGCUACAAGUCGGUUUUCCCUUAAAUUUGGUCGGAUUUCCAGCACUCGUCACUGCAACGUGACUCGAUCACGUUCCACCGGUAACAUAGCACAACACUGCAGCAAUGUUUUGUGUUGCUAGGGUUUGUUUUAAUGCGUUGAAA